GUUAGUCGCAAACCUUUUGGCCGUUUUUUGUCAUUCGACGUCAAGAGGAGCUUGUUUGCAGGCAAGCGUUUGGCAGAGGAAUCAGACGAUUCUCCAACCGGAAAGAGACUGCGCGAGGCGGAAACUGCGAUUAGUAGUGUUUCAUUAGAGGCACUUUCUCCGCGGUCAGAGAAUGUCGACGUAAAAGAUGUAGUUCACCGACUGUCUACCGACGAAGACGUUAUUGCCGACGGUUCACGUCCCUAUAUCCUGCCGACCAUCGCCGGUAAACACAGUGACUUGAAGUCCAUCUCUCCAGAAACAAUGAAUGACGUUCUUUGUGGUUGCUAUGACGACGAAAUUGAUCACGUGACUGUCAUUGACUGUAGAUACCCGUAUGAGUUUGAUGGUGGUCACAUCAAGGGUGCCAUCAAUUUGUAUACGCGAGCUGCCAUACAAGAGUUUCUCUUACGUCACAGCGGUUCUUUCACUUCCUCUAAGAAACACGUGCUCGUCUUCCAUUGUGAGUUCUCAUCGGAACGAGGUCCUAAAAUGUAUCGUCAUUUACGCAGUGAGGACCGUGCCAUGAAUAAAGACCACUACCCACGUCUCAACUUUCCGGAAGUUUACGUUCUUGAAGGAGGUUACAAGGCGUUCUUUUACAAGUUCAUGACACAGUGUUUGCCGCAGACGUACAAGCCCAUGUUGCACAAGGACCAUGCUGCUGAUCUACGUCACUUCCGGGGAAAAUCGAAAUCAUGGACAGCCGGUGAGAGACCACAACUCAUGCGUACUACACUUCGUUUUUAGUGCUUCAUAACCUGACUUCCGGUGAAUAAACAGUCUUCGAAUUCAGACCUGGAUAAAUGCUGUGAUAAAACUGUGCAAUAUUUGUGUUUUUGUGUUGUGUUUUGUGCCAGAAGUGAACUAUGGCGGUUGAUGAACUGUUUGUAUACCAAACUGUUGACAAUUUGUGUUAAACUUUCAUCUGUCUUUCCUUAAUCAUCUUCUCUAUCCCUCCUACUUCAUUAUUUUGAAAAAUAUUAAAAUUGU